AAAACAUAUGUCAGUUUGACAAUAUGACACUGCUCUUGGUGCUUCGUGUCUCAUCCAUAUUCUGCGCGUUGGCGCUUCGACCACAUCAUGACCCUGAGACCGACAUCCCUGACCCUGUGCUAAAGCCCGAGAACCAGGAAACCGGGUUGGAAAAAUCAGCAGAGCUGGCAGAAGCGAAUGAGACCGACAACACCGACAAGACCAUGGCGACCAAUGCGACCAAUGCGACCAAUGCGAGCAAUGGGACCCAGACCGAGCAGCACCCGAACCUUGCCGACAUGCCCAUGCCCAACCUUAUCGAUCGACUUCAAGAAGACAAGUACAGUUGGGCGCACGUUGCCACUGCGCUGAUCAUGGUGGCUUGUUCAGCUGUCAUGUUCGUUUCGGGCGAUCUUUUUGCUUGCUUGAAGGCGCCUGCUGCCAGCGAACAACAGAAAACGGUUGAGGAUGGUGAAGAGGCAGAUGAAGAGGAUGGUGAAGCCGACACUCGAGGUACCCAGAUGUUGCCGGCCGAGGAGAAGUCAGAUCAGCCAGUCAGAUGGUUCACAAAGGCACUGCGGAAAGGCAAGCUGUCAGCGGAAUGUGGCUGUUUGACUCUUCGAUUCGAGAAUGAGUACACCGAGAAGGUAUGGACGCUGGACAGUUUGCCCAAGAACAUGCAGCGUGGUGCGGCUUUAAUGGCGGGCAUGGCCAUUGGCCUGUUGGCGAAUCGUGUGUUCUAUUUCUACGAAUACUUCACGUGCGAAGACCUGCACGACCAAAAGUAUGAAGGUUACUACUCUCUGAACGUGGAUCUGUGCUUCUCACUCUGUCUUCUCGGGGUGAUGGCAGCUUCGUUGCUCUUGACCUGGACAUUGGGGGACAGCAAGCCGCGGCAAGAGUUGAGCACGGCCCAUGUUGCCAGUUAUUGGUGUCUGAUGUUGUUCCUGUGGGGCGCCUUCCUGGCCACAACUGUUCCUCCAUUGAAGAUGACCUGUGAGCAGCUUGAAGAUGUUGGUGGCAUCAUCCCCGAUUCAAAGAGCAUCUGUGAGGGGCUCUGGCGCAUUCCUGCCCUAAAGCUUGACUGCACUUUACAAGGGCACACAGCUUGCCAGAUCUUCAUGCUGUUCCUCCUUUCUUUGCCUUUUGCGCUGCCACAGCUCUAUCACCAGUACUUAGCCUUAGUCUGGCUUCUCAUCUAUGGGGGUGCCACUUAUGCCUAUGGGGCACUGAAUCACUUGGGCAUAGAGGCGGAAAAAAGGCAGAACAAAGACAUGAUGCUGCACCUGAGCUUGCUGAUCCUUGCCUUGGGCAUUGGCUACUCAAGGAAGUUCUCCUUGGAAAAGUCUAUGCGAAAACACUUUGUUUGCCAGCUGAAGCAGCGUCAAGCAAUGGCACCUUUGUACUUAAUGUUCAAAGAGAUGGUGCCCGAGUACGUCAUUCCCAGGAUGCUCAACAAAGAGGUGAUAGCAGACCCACGCAGCACAGUCACGGUUCUCUUUGUGCUCAUUGACAACUUCGGUGACUACACCAGGGAGAAGCAAAAUCCGCAGAGCUCGCUGAAGUUCCUCAAUGCCUGCUUUGACAAGAUGGAUACUAUCUGUGCCAAGUACAAGGUGACGAAAAUUGAGACAGUGCAAGAGGAAUAUGUUGCUUGCGUUGGUGUCACCAUGGAAGAGCAAAACAUUGAUCACAAGGUGCUUCUAAGCAAGCUGCUGAAGGCUGCUGCAGAGAUCUUGGCCGUGAAAGAGGUAGAAGUGGAAGGAGGUCAGAAGGUGGCUGUAAGCUUCAAAAUGGGCAUGCACACAGGCUCCAUUGUGGCCGGUGUCACUGGCUCAAAACUGCCACGAUUCCGUCUCUUCGGGGAUACCAUCAACACAUCGGCCCGGAUGAUGCAGAAAGGCCAGCCGGGAACAGUUCAAUUUGGUGAAGCAACCAUGAACUAUGUGGAUGCAGACAAGGUGGUGGACAACAGUACUCGGCCAAACAAUGGCAUAGUCACGAUGAAGGGAAAGGGAGAUGUACAAACCUGGGUAUUGAACACAAAGGUUGCAGCAGAGGAGGGAGGAGUAAAGCCCGAUGAAAAGAGGAAGUCGGCAUUGUCGCAGAUGGUCAUGGGACAGUCGGUAGAGGAGACCCACGACGAUGAGUUUGAUCAGAUGAUGGACAAACAGCUCGCAGAAGAUGAGAGUGCAUUUAGUGCGAAAGAGGAAGCUGCGUGGCUUUGUUGGUUUCACGAGAACAACAUGGGAGCAUUUGCCUUGCGGAUGAAUUUCCUGACCUUUGUUUUCUCAUGUGUGACGCUGGUCGAAGUCUUUCACAUGGAGCACAUCAGGGCGUUCAGCGAACUCAGCAACAGUUCUUUGGAGAAGGCGGCCAUGAAACAUGACGUGUUGGGAAAAGUGCCUCCGAAAUGGCGACUCUUCUCAUUUCUGUUCUUCAGACUUGCUGCGUUUCUGAUCUGCUUGGUAUGGUCUAUCCUGGCCAAUUCUGGGUCUCUGUGGCUUCGACCCCCUGUCCCGGACUUUGGGAAACUGAACCGGCGGCAAUGCGUGGAAGCAGGGAGGCAGAGACGCCAGGUCCAGGUUGCAUUGGUCGUCUCCAAGGCGGUCAUUUGCAUUCUCGUGUGGCUCUCUUACAAUGUACUGAUCCUGGAGAGGAGGCAUCAAAGCUACUCCACAAUGCACCGACUGGACUACUACAACCAGCAAUUCUCGCUGGUCUUCAUGAUGGCUUUCUUUGUCAUCAUCAAUGGGCAGGUGGUCUUGGGAUUUUCCUCCUUAACCUUUGUGGUGCUUGCCAUUGCAUUCAUGGCGAUAGAGGACAGGACUCCGCUUUAUGUCUCCAUGACCGGCAGGGUGGUCUUUGUGGGUGUCGCUAUCUUGGGCAGCAUUCUGGCAUACGAGGGCGAACGAACCAGCAGAGCCAGCUUCAGAUCCAAGGUGAAGGUUGAAAAGACUGAAUCUCGCAUUGAAGAUGUUUUAACGACCCUGAUGCCCAAAGAAGUUCUCAAGGAGUGGCGUGAUUUGGCGGCAAUCAGAGGUGUUGUCAAAAGUGCAAAUCCUGGGACGCAUCCUGUGCACGUGUACAAGCACGCCACCGUCACCCAGUCAGAUCUCUGCGGCUUCACGCAGCUCUCGUCGGGGAGGUCGCCAUUUGAGGUGGUGAGCUUCAUGGGAGAACUCUUUGGAAGGUUUGAUGUUCUGGCGCAAGAGUUCAAUAUCUACAAGGUCGAAACUGUGGGAGACGCUUACAUAGCUGGAAUGGCUGAGCCAUAUUUGACUGACCAACACUCUGCAGUGAGAGUGGUGGAAUUUGGCCUGGCCAUGAUCAAGGCCACAGCAAAAUGGUCUGAAAGGCUGCGACAGAGAGGUGAGGCCUACAAAGAUGCAAACGUCCGGUGUCGAGUUGGUGUGCAUCAUGGUGAAUGUGUAGGUGGCAUCGUGGGCACUGGCAUGAUGCGGUACCACCUCUUUGGUGAGUUUAUGAGUAUUGUGGACAUCCUCGAAGCGACGUCAAAAGAAGGCGUUUGCCAAAUCAGCGAUGCUUGCAGGAAGCAGAUUGAAAGCGAGGGCGGCUUCUCAAACUCCAUACAGUUUGAAGAGCGCAAAGAUGAACUAAAGACGUCGAAGGGGGAAGUGCACGGCACGGACGAAGUUGGUCUCUUGACGCAACAAGAUGUGACUGGUGUGGAACGACGUUCCUCGUGUACCCUGCCGGAGGGCCUGGGCAUUGCAAUGGUUGAGGAAAGAAUUUGGGAAAGCGAAAGAUGUGUGCGAAACUUGGAAGAAGGCUUGUCUGAGCUGCAAAAGAAGGAGCCCAAAAUGAUGAAUCUGCGAGCGCAAGAGGCUUGCAGACAAGCGCUGAUCGCAUCCCUUGUGAUUCUUCAAGCUGCGGCUGCGGCUGAGAAUCUGGACGCAACUCCCGAGGGGAGCAAAGCGACCCAGAUUCGCCCAUGGUACAGAGUUUAUGAGAGCAACCUGAAGAACAUGAUAUUCUUCGCUUUGAGCUUCAUCGUUGUUGCUGGAUUCCUUGGAGACAAGUACUACGAAUAUGUCCGGCACAAGAAGCGCGAUCGAGAUAAGACAAAGAAGGAGGACAAGGGAAGCAAACAGGAGAUGUGGGCAGAUCCCGAUCGCCAGGCAGUCUUAACGGAAGCAGUCCGACAAGUGGUCCAAAGAAAGACCCCAGAGCCAAGCGCCUAAGCGAAAUCAGCGAAGAAACCUGCCACCGCGACAUCGCCACGGUGGGGCCAUGGCAGAAACGGCAGCGUUGCCGGCGACGCCACAGCGCCACGAGAUCAGCUGACGCUAGCGGCGUGCAAAA